CCUGCUGCGAAGUCUAUUUCUUUCUCAUCUGAUAUUCAAAAACGAUGGUUGGGUUUUACAUUGAUACUUAAGAAACUAUUUUUACAUUAUUUAGGAUAGAAUUUUUUAAAGUCUUUCUAAACUCCCUGGUUUAAAAUAUGUUUAAAGAAUAGUGUUAAACAUACAGUGAAUCCGAAAAGCUAUAAAUAUUGAGUUACGAGUUUGAUCAUUUACUCGUAAAAAUUGUUCUUAUCCAGCUCGUUAUUUGAUAUAGUUCUAAAUUCAUUCUAUUCUAUUGUUGAUAAGAUGUGUUUACAUACAGAAUUGAAAAAUAUGUGAUUGUUCUAUUUUUGACUAAGUGAUUUUUUUUUUCAGAUUAUAUUUUUACAUAUAAAUGUUGCCAUGCCUCCUCCAAAUGAAAUGAAGUCUACGAAGCAUGAAAGUAAAUCUAAGAUAUUUUCAUUUCGUUGGUUCUUCCACAAAAGUAAGAACAGUUCUCAAUCUUCAAAAGAAGCAGCUCUUCAGGCUACAGUGCCCCUCUCCAAAUCGUGCGAUACGAGUCUAGAACCGAUCGAUCGUUAUCCAAAGUACUUAUUAUGGAAAUUGCUGCCGGGAAAAAGUACGGCACAGCCGCAGUUCUGUCGCCGGAUGCUUCCCUUUCGAUCCUCUUUCAGUUGCAAUGAUGUGCACAGCUUGAGUCCCAUCAAUCAAAAUUUUCACGCAACACAUUCUGGUCUUAGGAACACUUUAGGUGUUGUGGUUCAUCCCUGCCAAAGUUUAUAUAAUCUCUGCAAAUCUCACAAUGGACUGUCCACAGCUGAUACAGAAAAGUUUAUAAGUCCUGAAGACUUAUCUUGUGAUUCAAAAACUAUUUUAUGCAAAUUGUGUUUGGUGAACAUACCCAUCAAUAGCAUGUAUACAUUGCAAGAGUGCAGCUGUGCAUUUUGUAUAGUUAUGUUGAGUUAGAUCCCAGUAGAGUUUGGUGUCCAGCACCUGGUUGUGAAACCGUGUGUGAAUUCCAGCCUUCUAAGGAUGCCAACAUUGGAGCUUCAGUUCACUGUUCAAAUUGCAGGUUAAAAUUCUGUUCUUUGUGCAAAUUAAGAUGGCAUGGCAGAGCCAGCUGUGAAGAAGCAAAGAAAGCAUCCAGUGAAGAUUCUGAUUUGUCCAUGAGUGAUGAAGAGAAUUGGAUAAAACAGUGUCCCAACUGCAGAAUUCCCAUUGAGAAAGACGAGGGAUGUGCUCAAAUGAUGUGCUAUAGAUGCAAACAUGUUUUCUGCUGGCAUUGCCUUGCUUCCCUCGAUGAUGAUUUUCUCCUCCGCCACUAUGAUAAAGGACCCUGCAGAAAUAAAUUGGGACACUCUAGAGCCUCCAUGAUAUGGCAUCGAACUCAGGUGAUUGGAAUCUUUGCUGGAUUUAGUUUCCUCCUCCUCAUGGCUUCGCCAUUCCUUUUGAUUGCAGCACCUUGUCUUCUGUGUUGUAGGUGCAAGAAUAAGAUUUUGUAUGAUGAAGCAACCAAACUGUGAACUUCUUGACUAGUCAUUUCUUUUAUUAUAUUUUUAACUGUGAUAAACAAUUGGUGAAUCAUUCUGUCCAACGCACCUACACAAUUGUUGGAAUUAAUUAUUAAUUAGGUGUAGUUGACCUGCAUUGCUAUCUCAAUCAUAUAAUGUUUCUUGAUGCCAUUCAUAAAAUCAAAAACGUAAAUUUAUUAAUUGUGUAUCAGCCAUUUUUAUCAAGAUUAAUUUCUUUCAUUUCAUAAAAAUUGUUGAGGGAUGGUGUAUCUCAUAAAUGUUUUUUUUUAAUUACAAUAUGUUUGAAGCAGUGGUUGGCAACCUGAGACCAGUGGGUCACCUAGUGACCCACUUCGAAAAUAUCCAAUUAUCCCAUUUUAUUUACUAAAAUAAUGCAUAAUCUCAUGAUGUGACACAACAACAAACUGAUUUGUAAAAAAAAUUUAAAAAAAUUUAAAAUGACACAUUUAAAAAAAUUGUUGCCCACCACUGGUCUACAGUAAGAGAUUUUUAAGAUCCACUUUGACUUUUUAGUAACUCCUAAAAUAAUAUAGGGUGCCCACAAAAAAUGUGUUACCACUUUCUUGACUUGUGUAGAACUACAGCUAUACAUAUCAAGUGGUAUCUAGGUGUAGUAAAAUUGACUAUGUGCUCCAAAAUGACUUUUGAAAACACCACCUUCUGGGAAACUGUUGAGUCAACAUUUCAAUCUUGAAAAUUAUGUAAGUUGGAAUGUAAAGAUUAAAUACAAAGUUGUAGAACAUCAUCAUUAUGAAUGAAACAUAAAUGCUUUGGCUUGAAAACACAUUUUUUAAAAGUUUAGAAUGCCCCACAUUGUUUUUUGCUUCAUCAGUGCUUCUUUACAAGUUUAUAAUUCCCAUUUGUACCAUAUCUGAUUUUGUUUUGUGACUUUAACACACAUUCCACAGUUUCUCCAUGAGUGGUGUCCAUAACCACUUUUACAACUGUAACUGCGUUUGUCCAUAAAUCAUGAUUGCGUGGGCACCCUGUGUUUAAUUGCAUAGACGCUAUCUUAACUUCAUACUCUGAAGUUUUUCCUAUUAUAAAUAUUUCCUGGCAUUUGUAUAUUUUAUCAUUACAUUAGGAUUUUUUCUUUCCCAAAUAAAAUCGAGGAGUUUUAUUUGCUUUUCUAAUAAUUAAAUUUAGUGAUUUAUUAUGUCAAAUAAUUGUGUUUAAACAAUAAGAGAAGCCAUUUUUUGUACAAACUUAUCAUCAGAAAGUGACGAUGUAAUUAUUCCCUAAGGGCGGAAAAUUUAUUCUUUCAAAUCUGCUGGAUUUUUUUUUUCUUUUUAUGCAAUUUGCAAGUUUUAUCAUGUGUUCUUUGUUUAUUUUCUUCUUGUGUCAUUUUAUUAUUUUUUCUUUAUUUUGUGUGUGUGUGUGUUUUUUUUUUUGGAUUUCUAAUAGUUUUUUUAAGGUUUUCAAUUUUUUUAAGUAGUAGGUUUCUUACUGAAAAAAUUAAAGACCAUGGCAUUGCAAGCAACCAACUUACAUUCAGUUAUAUUAUAUUCUAACACAUUUGUAACAAGAACAAAGUAUUGGAUGAACCCAAGUCGGGGGAAAUAUUAAAGAUGUAUCAUAUAAAAAAAAUAAACUAAAAAAAUAUUUAAAAA